AAAGGGGCAGUCACGGUACCGCCAACAGCUUGAUUUGGAUUUGAAUUUGAAUUUACUGUAACAUCACGGAUCCACCCACACAAUUUACAAUCCACCGUUGGAAAUAUUCCGUUCGAAGCUGUUAUUUUAUCGAUCUCUUGAUCGGUGUUUGUAAAGGCAAGAUGAUGAUGCCAAUGUCGAUGCCCUCUUCUUCUCCUCCUAGUACUAAUACUAAUACCGGUAGCCGCCGCAUCAGUUAUCGCCACUAUGGUAUUGUGAUUGCCACACUGUCGUUUGUCUUGGUCUUCCACCAACUGAGUCACAGCAGCAGCGAGUCAUUAACCAGUUUCCAGCUCCCCGCCUACCUGGACUACCAGACAACCUACCAUGAAGCCAAGUUUGUGGAAAUCGGUGAUUCUUCCGAGAAUGAACUUCCUCCGGGAUGUGAUUAUGCUUCUACCAAGUUAGACUAUUCCAAGACGUACGAUACCUGCAUUGUGGGAGCCGGUCUUUCGGGAACUGUCUUUGCCGAACGCACUGCCAAUCUACUGAAAAAGAAUGUCUUGGUCAUUGACUCGCGACCCCACAUUGGUGGCAACUGCUACGACUUUGUCGACCAAAAGACGGGCAUUCUACGCAAUCAGUACGGAUCUCAUCUCUUUCAUACCAAGAUCCAACGUGUCUGGGACUAUGUCAACUCCAACCCUCAAGCGCCACGGUGGAAUCCAUGGUAUCAUCAAAAAUUUGGACGCAUCAAUGGGAAUCUCUACGAGGGAAUGCUCAAUGGCACCUUUUACGUACCCAUUCCCGUUAAUAUCCUUACCGUCAAUCGAUUGUUUGGACUGCACAUUCAAACCGAAGAAGAAAUGAACGAAUGGCUCAAGACCGUACAGAUACCCUGUGAUGCUGUAAAGGGAUGUCAAAAUGCUGAAGAAAUGGCCAAAUCGCGCGUUGGAGAAGCACUCUACAAGGCUAUCUUUGAAACCUACACGAUCAAGCAGUGGGAUCGAUCUCCCAAGGAUAUGAAUGCAUCUGUGACAGCACGCAUCCCGGUUCGAUCCGAUUUUGAUCCUCGAUACUUUGCCGACAAGUGGCAAGCACUCCCUUCCAACGGAUACACGGCGUGGUUUGAAGCCAUGCUGAAGCAUCCACUCAUUGAUGUCGUCUUGGAAACCGACUUUUUCGAUCAUCAGCAACACUUGGAAGGACCCGCCUGCAAGACCAUUGUCUACACGGGACCGGUCGAUCGGUACUUUGCCGAUCAGGGAAUGGAAAAACUGCAAUACCGCAGCAUUACCUUUACGGAAGAACGACAUUACCAAACGCCGGGAUACAUUCUACCCACACCCGUUUUGAACUAUCCUGGACCGGAAACACCUUACACGCGAGCCAUUGAAUACAAGCACUACCUUCAUCAAGAAUCACCGCACAGCAUUGUCGUCAAGGAAACCACCUCGGAUGAAGGGGAACCUUACUAUCCCAUUCCCAAUCCACGCAAUCUGGCAUUGUACGAAAAGUACAAGCAAAUGGCCGAUGAUCUCGAACAACAGGGCAAGUUCAUCUUUGUGGGACGUCUCGCCAAUUACAAGUACUUUGACAUGGACAAGGCUCUUUUGAAUGCCCUGCAACUCUUUGAUCUGCAUGCCAACAAGACGACUGGCGGCGGUAGUACCGGUAGCAGCAGCAAGGUCGUUGGAUAGAAAGUCGAAGUGGGAGAUAGACGCAUUUAUUUGAGAAGCCACUUGUACUAAGUUUGUGGCUAGUUAAAUAGCUUAGUGCUGUAACGAAAGAAUAGAGACCAAGUUUUGCAGUACAGCUGAAACUCUGGCUAGCUACCUAGCUAGUUAGAGAAGCAUAAACUAGACAUUGGGAUCAGUUCUGGAACUGGAAUCUUCGGCCCAGCUCGAAACAAAGUAUCCAGAGAUUCUCCAGGCAUAAUAUCUAUACAUGUACUAGCUAGUAGUUGC